AUGGAAGAGCCAAACGACACAGAGCAUAAAGUGAAUAAUAUGGAAAGCAGCCAAAUUCAUGAUCUGAAACAACCCCUUGAGAUCAAUUAUAUGACAAAGCAUAGGAUGAUUAGAGCAGGGCAAAGAAAGCUCCCUCCUUUGAAAAGCAAGGAUAAUAUCUACAGAGAGAAAAUCAAUUCAAGUCUACAUUUGUCAAAAAUAAAUUAUGAUAAAAUCAUUCCAAAGCAGACUAAAGAAUAUGAGAACUCAUACUCUACAAAUCCUCGAGAUCAGAAGGUAACCAAGAGUACUGACUUACCUUUUACCUUGCAAAGAUUUUCCAAAUCAAAAACAAGGAGAACGCAAUUAUAUAACUCAACUACAAAUGGUGCCAAAUUUAUAAACUUAUCUAAAUCCCAAAAAUCAAAAUAAACGGUAUAAAAGACAAUCCUACACUCUUUUUGAGGACUCUAAGGAAUAUAAGCAUCCCACAAAUGAGCUUCCCCUCCUAAAAAAGAACCUCAAGAACCCAAACACGUCCUACCUCCCUUCUUCAUACACUGUGGGGGUCGGCAAGGACACCACAUUCGAGACACACAAAAAAGCCCUCCCCUCACCCCCUCCAAAGCCUCUCUCCCAAAACCUCUCCCAGCCAGCUCACCUAAGCUCCAUUUCCAAAUUCCACCCUCCACAGCUAUCCUCUGCUCCUAAAACACAGGACCAAUUUCGGAAAUUAGUAGCACAUUUGGAAAUUCAAGGAAGAACUAGAGAGAAGGAUUUUGGAAAAGAUGCUACAGAGAAGAGAGUGAAAGAGGUUUUUAGGGUUAGAGUAGCGAGACAGUCAUUGUUUUGUUGAUGAAGGUCACCAGCGGUUGAUGAGUCGAUGAUAAAACAAGCAGAAGGAGAUAAGAAGAAUAUUUUAUGAAUUGCAAAAGUACCUUACACUGGGCAUGAAGAGAAUGGAGAUCAGAUUCAUCUUCAAGCUCUCCAGUACUGCUACAGCCAUCUUUUAGGAACAGAGAAUCAACAAACUGAAUAUAAUUGGAUUAACAUUGGGUUUCAGAAUGAGAACGAUCCACAAAAAGAUUUCAGAGGAGUUGGAGUUCUUGGGCUUCUCCAUAUUGUGUAUCUACUACAAUAUCAUCAAGAAGAUAUUUGUAAUAUAUUUCAUCAAUCAAAAGAAGGUACCUUCCUCAAAAGAUAUCCUUUCUUUUGUGCCAGCUUGGCACUGUCAAAAAUAGUCCUUGAUAGAGUACGAGAUAGGACCUGCGAGAAGAGGUUUAAGCCUGGGAGAACCUUUAUGACUAUUACUUGUGAACUCCACCUUCAGCUUUUCCAAAAGCUCUCUCAAAUAUGGAAAACUAAGAAUUACACGAUCAAAGACUUUCAAAAAGUGAUGCAAGAAGUGGCUAAGUUCUCGAAAAAGGCUAAAUAAUUCAAUGAGUUCGUA